AUGACGAACUACAUACCGAUAACCGCUUUUAAUUCACGUGGGCGCGUGAUUGUGAAGAGGGAUGUUCAAGGGUUAGUGGAUGAAGGUCCAAUUCAUAUCCACCAAGCUAGAAAUCAGGAUGAUGAUGUGAAUGUGAUUGUUCCAGUUUUCAAAACUCCUCAACAGGCGGUGAUUCACUAUGAUAGCAGUAAGAGAAGCAAUAGAUCGGUAUCAUCGUUGGUGAUAUGGUUGGCGGGGCCGGUCCCGUAUGAAUCUGAUAAAGAUAUGCCUCACAAGUACGAUGCUACUAUGAUCAAAGAUGGGCAAGAGGUUCCUCUUCCCGCAGCUACUUCAGUAAUGAGCAUUAUUGACAUUGUCAAGGUGACCCGAAGCGGUCGAGAACUCGGUAUGGUAUUCUCGAAGGCUGUUGAGAAUGCCGUAAUUGGGAAGAAGGAUGAGGCGGUUGUUCCUUUGGUUGAUCCUGUUAACACUCCAAUUUGUCAGUCUGGUGAGUCCAGCAGUUUGAAGUUUAAGGAUGAUAAUGAUGAAGUACUCCGUCUGAUAAAGAAGAGUGAGUUUAACAUCGUGGAGCAGCUACUCCAGACACCCUCCAAGAUUUUUGUUUUAUCUCUGUUGAUGAAUUCUGAAGCAUGCCGUGAGGCUUUGAAAAAAGUACUUGAGCAAGCCUAUGUUGAACAUGAUGUUAUGGUUCACCAGUUUGAUCAAAUCGUCGCUAACAUUAAUUCGUGUAACAAUUUGAGUUUUUAUGUUGAGGAGCUUCUAGAGGAAGGUAGGAAUCAUAACCUGACUCUCCACAUAUCUAUGAACUGUAAGGAGGAUUCCUUGUCCAACAUCUUGGUAGACACUGGUUCAUCUUUGGAUGUUCUACCCAAGUCUACUUUCGCUAGGCUAUCUUAUCAAGGAGCACCUAUGAGAAAUAAUGGUGUGAUUGUGAAGGCGUUUGAUGGUGUUGUCACGUCGACUCUACACCAAAAGCUCAAAUUUGUCAAGAAUGGGAAGCUUGUUAUUGUUGGAGGUGAUAGAACAUUAUUGGUGAGCCACUUAUCAACUUUAACAUAUCUUAAAGCCAAGGAAUCUAUUGGAACUCCAUCCCAAGCUUUAUAUGUUGCUAAUGUGAUCCAGAAGAUUGGGGCAUCCAUGUCUUCUUUGAAAGAUGCGCAAGAGAUUGUUUAG